GGCGCGCUCGUGAUUGGCUUGACCAGAAAAGAAGGAUGCUGCUGUGAUUGCUGAAUUGUCUGGGCAGGGUUUUGCAAGCUCCCCUGACCUGUGUGUUGCCGUGGAAAGGAGGAGAGGGGAGGUCUGCUCUCUCUAGGAUCCUGGGAUUACCUCCCAUCAGGAGCCUUCAAUGCCUACCCAAGGGACUGUCAACAUGGAGUUCUGAAGUCCAUGUGGCUCCUCACAGUGAACCAGGUGUUCAGGAAAAUGCAGAGACGCCACAGCAGCAACACGGAUAACGUUCCACCUGAAAGAAACCGCAGCCAGGUGCUCAGCUCUGAGGCCAGUGUGGAUGAAGGCGGCGUCUUUGAGAGCCUGAAGGCAGAGGCCGCGUCUCCCCCAGCGCUCUUCUCCGGCUUAACCACCUUAACCGGCCUGCCCACAGGCAGCAUCCCUGCAAACCCCUUCCCAUCCAGCCUGGUGCUGGGGUCCUCAGCCAGCGGCGGGGACGUCUUCAUCCAGAUGCCGGCCUCCAGGGAGGAGGGCGGGGGCCGGGCUGAGGGGGGCACCUAUCACCACCGCCAACCCCCACACCACUUCCACCACGGCCACCGAGGUAGCUCCCUGCUGCAGCAUGUGGGUGGGGACCACCGCGGGCACUCAGAGGAGGGGGGCGAGGAGCAGCCCGGGACACCUGCGCCUGCCCUGUCCGAGCUGAAGGCCGUCAUCUGCUGGCUCCAGAAAGGACUGCCCUUCAUCCUCAUCCUCCUGACCAAGGUCUGCUUCCAGCACAAGUUGGGCAUUGCCGUGUGCAUCGGAAUGGCCAGCACCUUCGCCUACGCCAACUCCACGCUCCGAGAACAGGUCUCCCUGAAGGAGAAGCGGUCGGUGCUGGUCAUCUUGUGGAUCUUAGCCUUUCUGGCGGGCAACACCCUAUAUGUGCUCUACACAUUCAGUUCCCAGCAGCUAUACAACAGCCUCAUAUUCCUGAAGCCCAACCUGGAGACGCUGGACUUCUUCGACCUGCUGUGGAUCGUGGGGAUCGCAGACUUCGUACUGAAGUAUAUAACCAUCGCCCUCAAGUGUCUUGUGGUGGCCCUGCCCAAGAUCAUCCUGGCCGUCAAGUCCAAGGGCAAGUUCUAUCUGGUCAUCGAGGAGCUGAGCCAGCUGUUCCGAUCGCUUGUCCCCAUCCAGCUGUGGUACAAAUACAUCAUGGGAGACGACUCCUCCAAUAGCUACUUCCUGGGAGGGGUCCUGAUCAUCCUCUACAGCAUCUGCAAGUCAUUCGACAUCUGUGGCCGCGUGGGUGGCGUCAGGAAAGCCCUGAGGCUUCUCUGCACCUCUCAGAGUUAUGGAGUCAGGGCUACUGGGCAGCAGUGCACGGAAGCCGGAGACAUCUGUGCCAUCUGCCAGGCUGAGUUCAGAGAGCCUGUGGUCCUCAUGUGCCAGCAUGUCUUCUGCGAGGAGUGCCUGUGCCUCUGGCUGGACCGCGAGCGUACCUGCCCGCUCUGCCGCUCCGUGGCCGUGGACACGCUGCGCUGCUGGAAGGAUGGGGCCACGUCUGCACACUUCCAGGUGUACUAGGGCCGGAGACCGAGGCCGUGAAGCUCCCAGCCACUGAGGGCGCUCUCAGCACUGCUCUCCACCCUCCUCUACCUCUUGAACCUAAGACCCUGCUCCCCCCUUCACCUGCCUUCUCUUCUGUGGGGCCUGUGAGCUCCGCAUCCUAACUCUGACACGUGGUCUCCACCCAGGUGGAAACCCACCAGAAGUCAGCUGGAAUUGAACUGGUAACACCUGAAAACCCACUUCUGGUUCAUUUUACACCGGGGUGUUGGUGUUGGUUAGCGACCUAGUCCCUAACGCUGCAAACUGGGUAGCGGCCUGAAGAUGCCUGUUUGCCUGAGGAUGGCCAAGUCCAAGGAUUCGCGUCACUGUGAAGCACGCUCAGAGGGCAGGGCCACACUCUGCCCCGACUGGCAGUGGUUCCUGGACGCACCACUUAGCGUGUGCCAAGUACAGGUCCCGCAUCAGCAUGUGUUUCCUUAUGUCGUCUCUCAACAGUGCUGGGAUGGAGGUUCUGCCAAGUCUCCAUUUACAGACAAGGAAACCGAGGCACCGAGCUUAGUGCAACAACCUCUCCAUGGCAGACUAUAUUCCCGACCCCAGAGCUGCCCUCUUCUCCACCUCACUGACCACCUGCUCAGGCAUCGCAUGUGCAGGGCUGCCCAGCAGAGAGGAUGUUAACCAGUUACCAGGUGGUUUUGGUGCCCACCCUGGCCAAGGAUCAAUGACCUGGGUGCUGCAAAUUGUGUAGGAACGGUGACAGUGAGCUAAUAGUAAUGGUGACCUCAAUGCUGGUGUGACUGGGUCCACCAGAAGACUGGUCCCUUAAAAUCAACACUUUUAUGGGCUCUGGCAGGAGUGUGCAAUCCCAUGUUCGCAUCAAGAAAGGCAAGCAAGCGUUGGCACAGAUGUGGGUACCACCCAGUCCCCACUCCCAUCCUUAUUUUUCUUGCCCUCUAUUCUUGUCCUCUUCCUCAGUGGACUGUCAGGCCUGGUGACUGUCUUCCCCACCCCAGUAGCCUUCAGGGCGAACAAGAUUUUCCCACAGGCCGAGAUGGUGGCAAAGAGCCCAGUAGCCAUCCGUGUCUGAGUGAACUCAGACAGUGAACUCAUCCGAGUCUGUCAGUGAACUCCUUCUUCUUCACCCAUAGAGCCCUCCCUGCUUUGCAGUCUGGAAUGCGAGGGGACAGGUUACCACAAAGAAGCCAUUGGAAUCCUGCCCGUCCUGCCCCUCUCCCAACACUCAUCUUCUUAUUGUCAGCCCCAGCUGCAGCUGUCCAUGAGGCUGGGCAGCAGAUUAACUUGGGAGCCCAAGAAGAAAUGAGAGGAGGGCACCCAGCUCCUCGUGGUAUCGAGCCCCACCCUGAUCAAUCUGGGACAUCUGCCCCUGGGUGCCACCAAACCAGGACUUUGUCCUUUGCUUGUCAACCCUGGUCCCCAGCAAGACAUCGCUUCCAGAGCAGGGUGAAGUCUUUCAAACUCUGUUACUAUGGAAAUGGCCAUGAUGCUACAAUUCCACUUGCCCGGAUAACCAGGUAGGAAGGGGAGCCACUGUUCUGUGCUUCCAGCUUUGAGGGAAGCCAGAGGAGCUGCUCCAACAGGUUUCCAUCAGAAAGCUUUCCCUCCCUGCGGAUGUCGCCAAGGACAUUAGAGCACCCUGAAUGGGAGGAGCAGGUGAAGCAGCAUGCCAGGGGCAGACCUGGGACGCCAUUCCAAAACGCCUGUGGCUUUGGGAAGUCACUUCAUCUCCCUGCUACCAAGAGCUAGUGCAUACAAGGGGCUGCUGGAACAUAGAUUCCUAGAGCCCACGCACUGGUCUCACUUUCUCCAUGCAGCGUGUGGGGUAUGUGGCCCUGGGGCUCGGAGGUGGGAGGGAUGGUUGCGGUGCGGACUUCAUCCACACUCAGUCCCAGCCCUCUGCGGGGAAGCCCCAUCUGGAGGUUUCCUGGUAGGUGGGAAAAUUUCUCUUCUGCCCAAGGAGGGGAACGCAGAGAGCUUUUAAAUGUCGAAGAAGAAAACCGCUGCAUGGCUCCCCCAGCCCUAGUUCAGCAGCAGCCCAAGUCCUCAAGGGGAAAGCAGGAGCCAUGCUCCUCUCCUUCACCCAGCCUGGCUCUGCACCUCCUUUGUUCCACGGAUUCAUCGAGCCUCAAGUUCAAGUUCAGAAUCUCCUACUCCUCGCGUUAUAGGACUCACUGAUGCAGGUCCACGAUCGUUCGGAUAAUAACACGUGAUGGAAUAAAAAGGUGAGGUUUGGACCUGGGGGUUCAGACUCGGCUAUCCCUGUCCAGAGUGGAGAGGAGGCGAUACACAGAGGUGCAGGGCGGGGUCCAUUCAGGCUGAUUAGACUUGAGAUUGGGGUGAGGGAACAUGAAGUGAUUCCCAGAACCUUCUAGUGCUUUUGCUCUGGGCCAAACAGAGCUUCCUAUGGUAGGUAGUCUUUGUAUUUGAUUUUUAUUUGCUUAUGUAGAUGUGUAUGUAUAUGUAUUUAUUGUCGUUUGGGUAAAA